AUGACCAUAAGUUUCAAGGCAAUAUCAUACCAUAGCUUGGAAUGUGCUGCAGAAGAAGUAGCCGAUAAAGUGCAGAGGCAGCCCCCCUCACUCAGCACUGGUGGGAGGCUGAGAACCAGUGAGCAAAUAGGAGAAAUCAGUGCUGAAAAGAUGCCGUGGACCAGACCCAGAGUGGGCCGGGAAGACAAGCCCCAGUCAGAGCCCGUUUUUAGCCAAAGCAAAACUAUUGUAUAUAACUAUGAGGCUGUUAUUCUGAAUGGACUUCCUGAAAAUGGCUUGGCACGGUCUGGUAUUAAAGUGAACUGCAAAUUUGAGAUCAAAUCCUUUGCUCAGAGGAUGUACCUUCUCAAGAUUCAAUCUCCAGAAAUAAAGGAGUACAAUGGUGUGUGGCCAAAGGAUCCAUUUACGCGGUCAUCCAAGUUGACAAAAAUAAUUGCUGAUCAGCUUACAAAACCUGUAAAGUUUGAAUACCACAAUGGACGGGUUGGAAACAUCUAUGCCUCCGAUGAUGUUUCAGACACUGUUGUCAACAUUUACAGAGGAAUCUUGAACUUGUUCCAAAUGACCAUCAAAAAGACACAAAAUGUUUAUGACUUGCAAGAGUCAAGCAUUGGUGGGGUCUGCCACACCAGAUAUGUGGUUCAAGAGGACAGAAGAGGAGAUCAAAUCAUUGUAGAUAAGUCUACAGACCUGAACAACUGUCAAGACAAAGUAUCUAAGAAUGUCGGCAUUGCCUUCUUGGAGUCCUGCAUAGCUUGUAAACAUCUGGGAAAAAAUUUACGUGGAACAGCAACAUACACCUACAAGUUGAAGAAGAGGGACCAAGGCGCUUUUAUAAUGGAAGUUUCAGCACGGCAGAUAUAUCAUUAUUCUCCAUUUGCUGAACUCAAUGGUGCUGCUGUUAUGGAAGCCAGACAAGUAAUAACUUGGGCAGGAACCAAAGGUGGUCAGACGUAUGCACCACAGAUUCAGCUGCAGAACCGCGGUGGGCUUCAUUAUCAGGUGGCUUCUGAGGUGUACCAAAUUCCUAUCCAUCUUAUUAGAACCAAGAGCCCUGAAGGACAGAUAGAGGAAACUCUGCAACACCUUGUACAGAAUAAUCAACAGCAAGUGCACAAUGAUGCUCCAGCCAAAUUUUUGGAACUUACUCAGCUUCUACGUUUAUCAUCUACUGAAGGCCUCCAGGGCAUUUGGAAGCAGUAUUCUGCUAGACCUCAGUACAGACGUUGGCUCUUGAAUGCUAUCCCUGUUGCUGGAACAAUGGAAUCCCUGAAGUUUAUUAAGCAGAGUCUUCACAACCAGGACCUGAGCCCUCAUGAAGCAGCAGUAACAAUUACACUGGCAAUGCAAUUUGCAAGAUCCAAUCAACGUGCUUUCCAAGUUUCCGCUGAAUUAGUAAAAGAUCCAAAGAUACAGAAAUAUCGUCAAGUGUACAAAGCUGCAAUCCUUGCUUAUGGCUCCAUGGUGAAUAAGUACUGUGAACAUCUGAGUGGCUGUCCAGAAGCAGCUUUAGAGCCCCUCCAUGAUUUAGUGGCUGAGGCCCACAGCAAGGCACAUGAAGAGGAUAUCUCCCUGGCACUAAAGGCUUUGGGUAAUGCAGGGCAACCUCAAAGUAUCAAACAGAUCCAGAAGUUCUUGCCCGGCUUUUCCUCCGCUGCUUCCCAGCUCCCAGUCAGAAUUCAGACUGAUGCUGUCAUGGCUCUGAGAAACAUUGCCCAACAAGACCAACGAAAAGUGCAAGAAAUCCUACUCCAGGUCUUCAUGAACCGCAAUGCACGUACAGAAGUCCGACAGAUGGCAUGUUUGGCAUUGUUUGAGACUAAGCCAGGUCUGGCUUUAGUAACAACCAUUGCCAAUGUGGUGGUAAAGGAGAGCAAAAUAAAUUUACAACUUGCAAGUUUUACAUUCAACCAAAUAAAGGCCUUGUCCAGGAGCAGAGUGCCACAUCUUGAACCCCUUGCAGCAUAUUUGUUUUGCAUUAAUCUACUAUAUCUACUGUUUCAUAAAUAUUUAUGGUGUCUUCUCAUAGAUUCUCUAAUGGCUGGUGCUGCUGCCAAAGUCUACAUUAUGAAUAGUGCAAAUACCAUGUUCCCUGUGUUCAUUCUCGCUAAAAUCAGAACAAAUGUUGCGGGAGGAGCAACUGAUAUCAUAGAGAUUGGGAUCAGAGGAGAAGGACUAGAGGAAAUGCUCAGAAAACAGAACGUUCCCUUUUCGGAGUACCCAAUGCGCAAGAAGAUCAUGCAGAUUGUGAAAACACUAUUGCGAUUUAAAUCACUGCCUUCCCAAGAUCUUCUUAUGUCUGGCUAUAUCAAGAUAUAUGGUCAAGAACUUUCUUUCUCUAAAGUAAACAAAGAAGUCAUUCAAACCAUUAUACAGGCACUCAAUGAGCCAGCUGAAAGACAUACAGUUGUCAAGAAUGUGAUGAACAAGCUUCUUGGAGGGUUUGCUGGACAAUGGGCCUAUGCAUUGCUUGCCACAGAAGUUCGACACAUUGUUCCCACAUCUGUUGGUUUUCCUGCAGAGUUUAGCUUAUAUACUUGUGGUGUUGUCCAUGCAGCCAUCUCAAAUGAUGUAAAGGUUACUCCAACUCCAUCUUCGGAUUUUAGCGUUUCACAGCUCUUGGAAUCUCAAGUGCAACUUCGUACUGAUUUAAACCCAAGUUUAUUAGUGCAUGCAGUGGCAACUAUGGGAGUGAAUACCCACUUGAUUCAGAGUGGUCUUGAAUUCCAUGCCAGGCUACGUACAAACCUACCUGCAAAAUUGUCUGCUCGUCUUGAUAUGAAAGAGAAAAAUUUUAAAAUUGAAACAUCACCAUGCCAGCAAGAAGAUUACCUUGUUGUAGUAAGGACUCAGGCAUUUGCUUUCACAAGAAAUGUGGAAGAACUAGACACAGCCAAAAAGACACCAAUUUUGCCAAGAGGAGCAGAGCCAGACAUUCAGAAGAAACACUUUGAGACAACAGGAAAAGCUUCAGCAGAAGGAGCUAGCAUGAUGGAUGUGUCCUCAGAAAUUGUAUCCAAGAAAUAUGCCUAUUCUGCAGAAGUAGUACAACACCAGUCUUCACAAAGACGUAUUGCAUCAUAUCAUUAUUGUGUUAAAGCUAAAAAUUUUGGCUUCCAAAUAUGCUUUGAUGCUAAACAACAAAAUGCUGCUUUUCUCAGAAAUUCUCCUCUUUAUCAGGCUGUUGGAGAACAUGAAUUCAAAGUCACAAUGAAACCAGCUCGCACUGAUGCACCAAUUGAAAAACUGCAGCUUGAAAUCACAACUGGACCAAAAGCUGCUUCUAAGAUCAAUGCCCUGGUAAAAGUAGAAGAAAAUGAAGAUGAACAGCUUGAAGACUCAGAAGUCCAAAUAAGACUGAAAAAGAUUUUAGGAUUAGAUGAUGAGUUUAUGUCCAGAAAUGGAAGCUUACGUCAGAGGAAGAGACAAGACAGAAAACAACAAAACCAACAGCAAAAACAUCAUAAUUCUAGACAGGUAGUUGAUGAAAUUGUAGAGGCUAAGAGACCUGGUCCAUCGAGCAGCUCCAGCUCUUCUUCAUCAUCUUCACCCUCAUCUUCUUCAUCAUCUUCUUCAUCAUCUUCUUCUUCAUCAUCUUCAUCCUCUAUGUCAAACCGGAGAGAUAAGCAGAGAGGGAAACAUGGUCAUCAACAAAGAAGCUCAAGCAGUGAAUCAAGCAGCAACCAGGAACAAAACAAAAAUAACCAAAAUCCUGGGCAUAAUAGAAGGGCCAAGAGUCAAAGCAGUAGUAGCAGUAGUGAAAGCAGCAGCAGUAGCAGCAGCAGUGGUAGCAGCAGCAGCAGCAGCAGCAAUCGACAAGGACAUAGACACAGAGGCAAACAGAGUAGCAGCAGCAGCAGCAGCAGCAGUAGCAGCAGCAGCAGCAGCAGCUCUGUUAGAGGCAGCAAACAAAGACACCAACAACAACACCAUCAGCAGCAACCAAACAAAGGAAACAAACAAACAGGCAGCAGCAGCAGUAGUAGUAGCAGCAGCAGCAGCAGUUCAGAAAGCAGCAGUCAACAGCUGUCUAAGGACAGGAAGCAUAGACAAUUUUACAAUCUUCGCUUCAAUCCAGCAAACAGACAAAAAAAUACUGGUAAACAAGGUUCACAGUCUUCUUCAUCAUCAUCUUCAUCGUCAUCUUCCAGCAGCAGAGCUUCCGCUGUACAACAGAGAAGGAAAUUCAUGGGUGACAAUAAACCCCCAGUUCUGGUUAUCACGGCACGGGCUAUAAGAACUGAUAACAAAGAGCAAGGUUUCCAGAUAAUCACUUAUGCAGAUUACUCAAGCUCUAAGCCUCAAGUACAAGCCUUUAUUGUGGAUAUCCAAAGAACAAGCAGAUGGAGAGCUUGCUUUGAUGGCAUUGUUGUUAAUCCUCAUCAAGCUGAGGCAAGUCUCAAAUGGGGCCAGAACUGUCAAGACUACAAGAUUAAACUGAAAGCACAAACCGGUCAUUUUGGUAAUCAGCCUGCAAUGAAGAUGACUGUGAACUGGCCUAAAAUUCCAUCAAAACUGAAAUCAUUUAGUCGAAAAGUCUCCCAGUUUGUUCCCGGAGCUGCUUAUAUGCUUGGAUUUUCCGAGAAGCUAAAGAAAAACUCUCAGCGUCAAGCAAAACUUGUUCUGUCCUUAAGUUCUCCUAGGACUCUUGAUGUUCUUGUCCAAGUGCCUUGGUUUACAAUGUAUUACCGAGGUAUGAAAAUCCCAGUGUCCAUCCCUGUUGGUCAUCAUAUGCAGCAAGAAGUCCUGCAAGCACCAACAUGGAAUAUGUUCUCAGAAGCACCACGUGUAAUUAUGGAGUCUUUGCAAGGUCAAUGUAAGGUCUCUCAAAGCCAAAUCCAAACAUUCAAUGGGGUCAACUUAGCCUAUGCUUCGCCUGAAAGAUGUUCCCAUGUUCUGGUGCAGGACUGCAGCCCUGAAUUGAAAUUUUUGGUGACAAUGAAAAACUCAAAAGACUCCACUUUAAACAAAGACAUAAAUAUUAAUCUUGGCACUUAUGACAUCGACUUAUAUUAUGUAGAGAACAAUCUGAAAAUGAAAAUAAAUGGUGUAGAGUUAUCUGAAGAAAACCUUCCAUAUAGAUCACAUGCUGAUCCAUCUGUCCUGAUUCUUAAGGAGGAAACUGGUGUGUCUGUAUUAGCCCCAGAAUAUGGUAUUGAAGCUCUUCAUUAUGAUGGUGAAAAUAUCAAGGUAAGAACUGCUAUUUGGAUGAAAGCCAAGACCUGUGGAUUGUGUGGUCGCCAUGAUGAUGAAAAUGAACAGGAGUUCCAGACACCAGAUGGUUAUGUUGCCAAAGAUGUUGUGAGCUUUGGUCAUUCAUGGAUUCUGAAUUCAGAAAGAUGCUCUGAAGACUGCAAAGUUAAGCACUCUCUGGUGAAAUUUGACAAACCAGUAGGACUUGAUGGAGAAAAUGCAAAAUGUUAUUCUGUUCGUCCAGUUUUACAAUGUCUCAAGGGAUGCUCCCCAGUUAAGACUGCAGAGGUCACUACUGGUUUCCACUGUCUUCCUUCUGAAGCAACUCUUGACCUGGCUGAUGAGCAAAUUCACCUGGAUAAAUCUGAAGAUUUCUCUGAUAAGAUUCAAGCUCACACAGCCUGUUCAUGUGAAUCAUCCCCAUGUGCAUAAAAGACAAUGCAUUUUAUUCUUUCUCAGGAAGACUGCAUAGAUUAUAUUGUAAUUUUCUAAAUACAGGGAAGCUGUUAAUACAUAAUCUGUGUACGUGCGUGAUUUUUAUUUGAGGAAUUAUCAAAAAACCCAACAAUCUAUAUGUUGUAAUAUAUUGCAUUCCAAAUAAAUAUUUGCAUUUGAAAAAGAA